UAACAAGGAAUGUAUACAAGGCUAUCCCUUGUUCCUCGAACAAAAGCACCAGUCUACAAACUUCCAUUCAUCUUUGAGCUUCACGCAUGGCUGCGUCUUGGGCAAACGACGCCUCUUCAUUUUCCUCUACUGUACUACACAAAUAUGAUGUUUGUUUGAGUUUCAGUGGCAUCGAUACCCGCAUGAACUUUAGCAGUCAUCUAUUAGCUGCUUUAGAGCAACAUGGUUUUUACACAUUUAGAGACGACACAAAGCUCAACAGAGGAGAAGAUAUUGGUUCUGAACUUCUAAAAGCAAUUGAGGAGUCUAGUAUUUCGAUUGUCGUGUUCUCAAAAAAUUAUGCAAUGUCGAAGUGGUGUCUGGAUGAACUGGUGUGGAUCGUGGAGUGCAAGAAGACAUUUAAUCAGAUUGUUCUGCCUAUUUUUUAUGAUGUUGAUCCGUCUGAUGUGCGGACGCAAAAGGGGAGCCUUGUAGAAGCAUUUGCCAAGCAUGAAGACCAUUUUGGAAAGAGUUCAGAUGGCAAGGUGGAGAAAUGGAGGGCAGCUCUUACUGAGGCUGCUAAUUUGUCUGGUUGGGACUUGAAGAACGUGUACAACGGGUAUUUUCCUCAAGCCUCUUAAUGUUUGCUUGAAAAUAACCUAAAACAACACAAAUUAGGAAUAGUUUCAUUUGGAUGUAUAAGUAGAAUC